GCUCCUGUGUUUAGAGAUGAAGACGAUGAGAAGAAACCAGCAAAGGAGACUGAGAAGGAGCCAUCAGUGAGGAAGGAGGAGUGAGAAAGAGUCAUGUGUUGGAAGCUGAGUGCAGAAAAGUUUAAGGAGCGAGUGAUCGCGUCAAAUACUGAUAGAUACGACUGCUAUUACAACUCACCGCACUAUGUUCUAGUAAUUUGGGGGAAAUCUAUUUCUAGAAAAUCUCUGAAAUUGGUUUGAGGAACCAUUUCUAACGUCACCUUUAUUGGCCAAUGAAGUUCUGCUGCAGGGCCCAGGGCACGGAGCUGUCAGAUACGGCACCUGAAGGAAGGCCUGGAGAGGUGGCAGAAGUGCGCCAUGGUAAACAGCUUUGUCACUGGCCCUGUCAGUGCCCUCAUCGGAAGCCCAGCUGCCCUCCUGGAGUGAGCCUGGUGAGGGAUGGCUGUGGGUGCUGUAAAAUCUGUGCCAAGCAACCAGGGGACUCCUGCAACGAAGCUGACCUUUGCGACCCGCACAAAGGGCUGUACUGUGACUACUCAGCAGACAGGCCUAGGUACGAGACCGGAGUGUGUGCAUACCUUGUAGCUGUGGGAUGUGAGUUCAACAGUGUACAUUAUCAUAAUGGCCAAGAGUUUCAGCCCAAUCCCCUGUUCAGCUGUCUCUGUGUGAGUGGGGCCAUUGGAUGCACACCUCUGUUCAUACCAAAGCUGGCGGACAGGCACUGCUCUGGGGCUAAAGGUGGAAAGAAGACUGAUUGGUCAAAAUGUGGCCUGGGACCGUCACAACAGCAGCUCUCAUCAAGCUACAAGACAAUGCCAGCGUAUAGGAAUCUCCCACUUAUUUGGAAAAGAAAAUGUCUUGUGCAAGCAACAAAGUGGACCCCUUGCUCCAGAACAUGUGGGAUGGGAAUAUCUAAUAGGGUAACCAAUGAAAAUAGCAACUGUGAAAUGAGAAAAGAGAAAAGACUGUGUUACAUUCAGCCUUGCAACAGUAAUAUAGCAAAGACAGUAAAGAUCCCCAAAGGAAAAACGUGCCAACCUACUUUCCAACCCGUCAAAGCUGAAAAAUUUGUCUUUUCUGGAUGCUCAAGCACUCAGAGUUAUAAACCCACUUUCUGUGGAAUAUGUAUAGAUAAGAGAUGCUGUGUUCCUAAUAAGUCUAAAAUGAUUACCAUCCAAUUUGAUUGUCCAAAUGAAGGGUCAUUUAAAUGGAAGAUGCUGUGGAUUACAUCUUGUGUAUGUCAGAGAAACUGCAGAGAUCCAGGAGAUAUAUUUUCUGAGCUCAAGAUCCUUUAAAACCAAGCACAUGGGGGAAAAGUUAAGGUUAAUCAUGUCAUUACAUCAAAAUUUAAAAAUGGUUGUAAAAGGGUGGCAAAUCUGCCUUAUUGGUUUAUAACAGUAAGAAUGCCUAGCUAGUCUCAGAUAACUGUAUUUAAGGUAUUAGAAGCUUUAAAAAAGGUUCUCCUAAGAAUGUAUGUAAAAUCUAAAAAACUUAAAAUUGAGCUCUUAAAAUAUAUAAUUAUAUAAUACACAGAUAUUUGGUUCCAUCUAUGUAUUCCAUAUAUAAUGAAAAAUUAUAUAAUUUACAAGAGAACAUUUUAUUCUAUAAAAUAAUCUGAAAUAAGUUUGCUGAAGAUAUAUAAAAAGCAUGUUAAAGUUUUUAAACUUUAUCUGUACUUUGACAAUAUAGCCUAGGCUCCAGUCAGAUAAUCAUUAUAGGGUGAGCAAGAUUUUCUAGAUUAUAUCUCCAAUAGGAAUAAGACUAAGCUGUAAAUAUAUUUUUUAUUUCCAUUGCCCUAUCCUGAAUAUCAGUUUAUUAAGAUUUCUUUUGGAAGGAAAAAAAUGGAACUUCUUUGGCCGCUCCUUACAACUGUAAUCUAAAUUUUUAUACCAAAUACUGUAAAAAAAAAUUUAAUUUCCAAGAUAAAGACCAAGAGCAGUAUCCUUACUUUGAAAAGGAAAGAAAUCUUAAAAAUAACAUUAAAGAAAGCAUACAACACUGGCUUGAAAAUAAACUGUUCCUCAAAAUUACUUCCUUAAAUGAUAAAUCUACCUAUGAGUUUUAAAUAUAAAUUGUGAUUAAAGAUAAAUUAAUGUUGAAGACUAAAACUGGAGAUAUAUAGUAACUGAAACACUUUCACUAGACUAUUAUAGUCACUUACUGCAAAGUUUCAAAGAAAAUAUCAAGCUUAGUAAUGUUCUGUUUGCUUAUAUAAAUAGUGACAAGUGGCACUUGUCUGCUGAGCCAGUGGUUAAGACUCCGCACUUCCAGUGCAGGGGGCACAGGCUGGGGAACUAAGAUCCCACAUGCCACGUGGCACAGACAAAAAAAAAUAGUGACAAGCAAAACUGAUAACAAGUAGCAUAGUUUAAAAGUAUGGACAUUUAUUAUUACAAAAUCAACUGGUUUGAUAAAAAACCAUUAUAUUUAAAAAUAAUUUAAUACAAGUUAAAAUAAUUGUAAAUUAUUCUUUUGAGUGCAAACAAGUGGUUACCCAGAGAAGAAAUAAAACCUCCUUAAGUUGUAAUAAAAUCUAUUCCUGAAGUCAGUGGCUAUCACACAGAAAUAUUUAUAUUGUGUUCUACUCCUGUAUUUACUUUUGAAGAGUCAGGAGAAUUUAAACAGAAUAUGAAGACAUAAAUUAUAAAUAAAUAUAAAAAAUAUAUGUACAAGACUUUCAUUGAAGACAUGACUAUUUCUGUAUAAGUGCCUGAAUAUGAGACGAUAAAUAAAGUAAAAUGUUGAAGAACGCUGUUCUCUCAAUUUUAGAAAAUGCGACUCUUUUGGAAGACAAAUGUUUAAAGUUAAGGCACUAGCACUUGGUUAAUUUCACAGAGUGGUAUCAUCAACAAAUUGUGAUUAAAUGGAAAUCACUCUAAAGACAAAAAUCUUCCUAAUAUGAAAAACACACAUUAGGCUUUC